ACAUAUUUUAUUUAAAUGAAUUACACUACGACUACCACGUCUAGAAUUAAAUUAAGCCAACCCUAUACUUCUGCGCCAACUAAUAAUGGAUCUACAUGGCAGCAAUUUAUGGUGGGGGCUGGCUCAGCUGCUGGAUCCACUGCAGCUGUCGUUAGUGAAGAUUCAAUGAAAUGUCUGCGAUAUUGUUUGAGCUGGUUACAGUACGCCAUACGAAAUUUGGGACAACAAAUGAACCUGCUUCGAAGCUUUCUCGUUUCCAUGGCAACAUCACCAUCACAAAAUCAGCAACAGCCCGUGAUAUUAGCCACCAUUAAACGAGACAUGGUUACCACAUUACGUAAAGUCAUUGACAUUAUUACGUGCUAUGCAAGCACAGCACUGCCUUACCAAGCCAAAGCAGCCGUACGAGGCACCAUUUUGAAUUUACCUAGUCGAUGGGCCUCGUUGUAUGAGGAUGAGACAUCAUCGACCAGCAUCGAUGUGACACAAAAACAAACAAAGGGUCAAGAAGACGUUGCAUUGCGAUUACUGGCAUUUGGCCAAGAGUCCACUGAAAUGUUGGGCUCAAUUCAUAACGUGUUUGACGAUACAAUCCAACGAGCAGAAAGUUGGUUAGAGCGAUUAAGAAUGAUAAACCCAAUGUCGAGCAGCCAAACAACGGCAGUUGAAGACGACGAUGAUGAUUUUUAUAAUGUAUUACUACCUCCUAUUCGAAACCUUCAUAUCUCCUCCCCAGCCACGACAUGAGAUGAUACUCCUCUUAUCAGUAAAAGAAAAAAAAAAUGAUUCCUAAUUUACCCU